AUGUAUAGUCAGAUCAAUAUUUCGAACUACAAAGCGCUCAAUUUUGGUGCGGGACCAGGCAAACUUCCGGAAGAGGUAAUAUUCAAAUUAUUACAUUUUUUAAUCAAGCCUAUUGUUUUAUGUUUUAUUUAUUUCUUUAAAUAAAAACAUUAAAUAGAUAUUAACUUACUUAAAAGAUAUUUUUUGUCAAAAUAUUUUUUUCGAUUAAGAUUACUAGUGUGAUACAUCAGUAUACAUCAUAAAUAAUUUGAUAAUUUUAUUAUAUUAUAUGUACAGGUAUUGAGACAAGUACAAAAAGAACUGCUCGAAUAUAGUAAUACUCAAGUAAGUAUCUUGGAAUUGAGUCACAGAUCACCCGAGUUCAAAAAUAUUGUUGACAAUGCCCAAGAAACGUUGCGAGAAAUACUAUAUAUACCCGACAAUUAUAAAAUUCUAUUCAUGCAAGGAGGUGGAACAGGGCUUUUCGCCGCUGUUCCUUUAAACUUGAUGAAAACUGGAACCGCAGACUACAUAGUAACUGGCACAUGGUCAGCCAAAGCAGCAGAAGAAGCAACCAAGUAUGGCAAAGUGAAUUUUGUUCUACCAAAAACCACAAAAUACAUGGAAAUUCCUGAUCCAUCUUCUUGGAACUUAAAUCCCAAUGCAUCUUACGUUUACUAUUGCGCAAACGAGACAAUUCACGUUUGCAGUAAUAUUUGCUGGCGCUCAAAAAAACAUAGGUCCAGCUGGCAUAACUCUCGUGAUAGUGAGAGACGACAUCCUUGGUCAUGCUAUGGAAACUUGUCCAGCAAUAUUAGAUUUCACUGUUAUGGCAGCAAGUAACUCUAUAUACAAUACACCACCAGUAUUUCAAAUAUACGUAGUUGGACUAGUUUUUAAAUGGAUCAAAGAUCGCGGUGGUGUUGAGGAAAUGGAGAAAUUGGCAAUUACAAAAAGUUAUAAGAUAUAUGAUGUAAUAAAAAAAUCAAACGGUUUUUAUUCAUGUCCAGUUAGCCCGGACGCGAGGAGUAGAAUGAAUGUGCCAUUCAGAAUAGCCACAAACAAUGAAGAACUUGAAAAAGAAUUCAUAUCUAGCGCGGCUGCACGCGGAUUGCUUCAGUUGAAAGGUCACAGGUCAGUAUAUCUAAAAACUAAAAUUACAUUUCGCAUUAUUGCUUACUGUCUUCUAAAUUGAACGUAAUAUUUAAUUACAGAUCAAUAGGUGGAAUUCGAGUGUCGCUGUAUAACGCUGUUUCUGUAGAUGAGGUAGAGGUAUUGGCAGCAUUUAUGAUACGGUUUUUUGAAAACUAUGGUUACUAAUCAUAAAGAUUAAAAAAUCAAAAUAUAAUUUGGAAACAUUACCCGGUUAAAACUGAUUUGUAUGUAUGUAUAAGAUAUAAAUGAUAUAUAUGAUCUAUCAGUUUUUUAUAUAUUUUAUAAAAUUUGUAAAAUAAUAUUAGUAAAAGAAAUAUUUAAUUUAAGAACAUUCGUUAUUUCUAAAUAGAAUUAUUUACCAUUCACUGCAUCGAAUAUACUUUUAUUUUUUCUUUUUUUUUUGCAGCAUAAUUUUAAAAUUAUUAUUUCAAUAGAACAUUAACAUCAUGGUAUCAGUGAUCUUUUGCAUGUACAAUUUUCUCUAUCUUGAGCUAUUCUGUCUGCGAAUAUUACAUCUAAUUCUCUUUCUAGACUAAAAUUAGUUCCACGACAUCCAUCAAUCACAGCUUUGGACCACUGUAAUUAAUUUUUACAAGUUUGCUUAUUUGUUUCAUUAACAUACAUCAUUUUUUUAUUACCUUAAAGUAUUCUUUUACUCUAUCUUGUGACCAACCAACUGGUAUAGCUCUCUGUAGAUCUCUUAAAUUAUAUAAUUUAUCUGCCAAGUUGAUUAAUUUAGCUUUAUGACUUUUCUUUGAAGCAUUCUGUAUUUGUAAUCUUUUACGUUCCGCUUUUGGUAAGCUUUUAUCAUCAGUUACUUCUUUAACAAUAUUACAAACCUCUGUACCAAAUUGGUUUUCUAUCUCUUCAAAUGUAGUAUUAGUAUCUUCUACAAUAUCAUGUAAAAGAGCUGCUAUAAUUACAACAGGAUCAUGAAUAUUGCCCUCUUGAAUCAAAAUAUUUGCUACGCCUAAAAAAUAUGUUGGCAACGUCACAUGAUCAUUUAAAAUCAUAGUAAUUCUGUUUUCCUUGGUCAGUUUAAAAAUUUACAAACCUAUGGGAUGAUUUAUAUAUGGUGUUUCUUGUUCGUCUUUCCUUCUCUGAUCCUUGUGUUUUACCGCUGCAAAAUUGACACAUUUGAUUAUUAUUGAUAACAAUUCCGCGUUAGUCAAUUCUCUGGAACAUAAUUUGCAAGAUCCAACCACUGUGAUCGGAUCGUGAUUGACACGCAACAACGAAUUAUUAUCCUCCAUAUUUGAUUCGUUAUAUUAUGAUUCGCGAUUCUCCACUUCCUGUCUCAUAAUUAAAUAUAAAAGAAUUGUCGAGAUUAAUGUGAAAUUAAUGAUUAUAAUGACAAUAAAAAGAACUUAAUUAAUAUUACACAUAACGAUCAUAUUUGACCACGAUUUUUUGUCAAUUUCCAUCUCUUAUUUUAAAUGUAGACAGAUAGAGGUCUGUGAAAAAAACUAA